CUACCGUGAGCCGGAUGUGACCGUGCGCGGACACGCUGCCUGAGUGUUGCGGGACUCUGGCGGCGCUGACGGAGAAGAACCAGCGGAGGAGGCCGGUUCUGAUUAAGAUGAGAGAGACCUGCCCGGCAGCAGCAGAGAGGAGCGAACCCACCUUGGAGGAAAGCUAACCCACGAAUGGCCUGCCAGUCUGUCGCUGCAGUCAUGGACGAGCAGGCCCUGCUGGGGCUCAACCCGAACGCCGACGCCCGUUACAGGCAGAGGGCUAUGGCUUACUUUGAGCAGCUGAAGGAGUCUCAGGACGCCUGGGAGGUUUGUGCCGAGGCUCUCGCCAAAGGGAUUUACAGUGACGACCAUGUCAAGUUCUUCUGCUUCCAAGUUCUGGAGCAUCAGAUCAAGUUCAGACAUGGCUGUCUGAGUGCUGUCCAGCAGCAGCUCAUCAGAGAGACUCUGAUGAAGUGGCUCCAGAUUCAGCUGAUGAACGCUCAUCCUGAGAAGGCCUUCAUCAGGAACAAGGCGGCUCAGGUGUUUGCCCUCACCUUCAUCAUGGAGUACCUAACUCUGUGGCCAAAGUUCUUCUUCAACAUCCUGUCCCUGGUGGGUCUGAACCCCCACGGCGUCGACAUCUACCUGAGGACGCUGAUGGCCAUCGACGCCGAGGUGGUGGACAGAGACAUCCUGCACACGCCGGAGGAGACUCGCAGGAACACGCUGAUCAAAGACACCAUGAGGGAGCAGUGCAUCCCCAGCCUGGUGGAGUCCUGGUUCCAGAUCCUGCAGACCUACCAGCAGUCCCACCCGGAGCUCACCUGUCAGUGUCUGGAGGUGGUCGGAGCCUACGUGUCCUGGAUCGACCUCACCCUCAUCGCCAACGACCGGUUCGUGAACCUGCUGCUGAGUCAGAUGUCCAUGGAGGAGCUGAGAGAGGAGGCCUGUGACUGCCUGUUUGAAAUCGUCAACAAAGGGAUGGACCCGGUGGACAAAACCAAGCUGGUGGAGUCUCUGUGCCAAGUUCUGCAGUCUGCGGGCUUCUUCAAUGUGGAGCAGGAGGAGGACGUGGACUUCCUGGCCAAGUUCUCCCGGCUGGUGAACGGCAUGGGUCAGAGUCUGGUGCUGAGCUGGACCAAGCUGGCGAAAGCCGGCAGCGUGAAAGACGCGGCGGAGACGCUGCAGGCCGUGGAGGCCAAAGUGCCGCUGCUGCUGCAGCUGCUGGUGCACGAGGACGACGACAUCUCGGCCAACAUCGUCGGCUUCUGCUACGAAUACCUGCACGUCCUCAAACAGCUUCCUCAGCUGACAGACCAGCAGAAAGCGAACAUCGAGGCCAUCAUGCUCGCUGUGAUGAAGAAACUGACGUACGAUGAUGAGUACAACUUUGAGAACGAGGGCGAGGACGAGGCGAUGUUUGUGGAGUACAGGAAGCAGCUGAAGAUGCUGCUGGAUCGACUCGCUCAGGUUUCUCCUGAGCUGCUGCUGGAAGCCGUCCGCCGAGUCUUCACCAACACGAUGCAGAACUGGCAGACGGCGCUCUUCAUGGAGGUGGAGGUGGCCAUCAGGCUGCUCUACAUGCUGGGCGAAGCUCUGCCAGCGGCGCACGGCGCCCACUUCUCCGGAGACACGGCCAAGACGAGCGCCCUGCAGGACAUGAUGAGGACGCUGGUCUCCUGCGGCGUCAGCAGCUACCAGCACUCCUCCGUCGCUCUGGAGUUCUUUGAAACGGUCGUUCGAUAUGAUAAGUUCUUCAUCGUGGAGCCUCAGCACAUUCCCAACGUGCUGAUGGCGUUCCUGGACCAAAGAGGCCUGAGACACAACAGCCCGAAGGUCCGCAGCAGGGUGGCCUACCUCUUCUCCAGAUUCAUCAAAACUCUGCAUAAACACAUGAACGCCUUCGUCGAGGACAUCCUGACGAGGAUCCAGGACCUGCUGGAGCUCGCUCCUCCUGAAAACGGUUUCCCGGCGCUGCUGACCAGCGACGACCAGCUCUUCAUGUUCGAGACGGCCGGCGUCCUCAUCGUGAAUGGAGAGAGCCCCGUGGAGAGGAAGCAGGCGCUGAUGAGGAGCCUGCUGACACCGCUGAUGGACGCCUUCCGCCUGCUGCUCGCCAAACUGCCGCAGGAGAGCGAGGAGGAGCGCCAGGCCGCCCUCGCCGACUGCCUGAGUCACGCCGUCGGCUUCGCCAGCCGGACCAGCAAAGCGUUCAGCAACAAGCAGACGGUGAAGCAGUGCGGCUGCACCGAGGUCUACCGGGACUGCCUGCAGACCUUCCUGCCCGCGCUCAGCUGCCCCGUCCAGCGGUCGGUGCUGCGCAGCUCCGUGCGCUCCUUCCUGCACCGAAUGAUCAUCUGCCUGGAGGAGGAGGUGUUGCCCUUCGUCCCCGCCGCCUCUGAGCACAUGCUGAAGGACUGCGAGGCCAAAGACCUGCAGGAGUUCAUCCCGCUCAUCAGUCAGAUCACCGCCAAGUUCAAGCGACAGGUGUCUCCCUUCCUGCAGCAGAUCUUCAUGCCGCUCGUCCUCGCCAUCUUCGAGGUUCUGGCCCGACCGGCUGAGGAGAACGAUCAGACGGCGGCCCUGGAGAAGCAGAUGCUGAGGCGGAGCUACUUCAGCUUCAUCCAGACCAUCGCAGGAAGUGGGAUGAACGAGGUGAUGGCCAAUCAGGGGGCGGAGAACAUGGAGCGCAUCGUGUUCACCAUCAUUCAGGGCGCCGUGGACUUCCCCGACCCCAUCGCCCAGAAGAUCUGCUUCAUCAUCCUCACCAAGCUGGUCGAGCUGUGGGGAGGUAAAGACGGCAUGGUGGGCUUCCCCGACUUCAUCUACAAAAACAUCGUCCCAGCAUGUUUCCUGGCGCCCCUCAAACCAACCUUUGACCUCUCAGAUGCGCAGACGGUCCUGGUGCUGUCGGAGUGCGCGCUCACGCUGAAGAUGAUUCAUCUCAAACGGGGGCCUGAGUUCAUCCAGUUCUUGCAGCAGGAGUACCUGCCCUCACUCCAGGUGACCCCGGAAAUCUCACAGGAGCUCUGCCAGGUUCUCCAGCAGCCUGACAUCAAAGUCUUGAAAAACUACAUUAAGGCGUUCUUCCAACAAGCAAAACUGUAGGAAAGAAAACUGGAAGUUCACCAGGACUGAAGGACUCUUCAUGGGAAGCGGUCGUACCGCCACUCAUCAAUUUCAGAAAUACAGGAACUUAGCAUAGGCGCUGCUCUUGCACUUAGAAUUAAAUGCAUAACGAAGCCCAGAUUGUCUAAGUCGAGGACUCGGACCAAAGCUCGGUGAAAUCCCUCCAGCUGCCAGAUCAGCCGCCCACGUGCAGGAGCGCUCAGAAACGUGCAGAACAUUGUGGACGCCGUGAGCAACGGGCUUUGGUAGGAGAGGACGCCGCCUGCUGGUAAAAAAGAUUUGGUAAUUAUCCUCAGUGACCUUCUGGGUUAGAAGAAUUGAUAGCUCUACACUCACAUUAGAAAACAUAUUUCAAAACAGGCUAGACUUGAGUUUUUUUCAUGUUUGCUGCCACAGAAGGACGAAUAAAAAGGGCUGACGUGUUAUUUUUAUUUAAAAUGUGGCUUUUUCUUUUUUUUUUGAUGUGCUGAGGAGCAAAUGGUUUUCAGUUUGAAGUGAAACUUUACAGCCCAACUCGGUCUGCUGAUCAAAUAUUGUCUCAGACACUCUUUAUAUUUGUUUCCUGAUCGGAUGGAGAUGUUCGGCGUGGAGUUUAAAUCGAAGACGUGACAGAAAUCCACGCCACGUUUUUGUUUGCUGGAUGAUUUGUUUGUUUCAGAUGGAAAUGAAAAUGAAAUGGAGGAACAAAGUGUAAAUAAGAGAAUAAGAUGUUAAAAAUGUAAAUAAUGUUCCUAGGUUUAGUUUUUUUAAUAUUCAUUCCCAUCUGGAAACAGUACGGAAGCCUAUUUAUGCCAGGAAAAAAAAUAAUGGAAGGGUUAUAAUUUCUGAUUUGGCAUCAAAAGUUUGUAUGAAAAAUUAUUUACUACUUUUUUGUUAGCGUUAAUAAAUUGUGUGUUCAUUUAAAUUCACUCUUUGUUUUCAGGUAUUUUCUCAUUAAAUCUGACUUUAUGGUAAGAAUACAUUAAUUUCAAUACAUGUAAAUUUCACACGUCUUUUACACAUAAAAUUUGAUCUACACUAUUACAUUUUUUUCUGAUAAAUUAUAGCAAAUUGAGUAAAUUUUAGUAACUAGAAUAUAGUUAUAUUUUUGACUGUAUUUUGACUAAUCUUAAAAAACUUGUCAUAAUUAUGACGGUCAAAAUAUUCAAGUAUAAUUUGUAGUGUUAAAUCUCAAACAUUAUUCUGUCAUGAUUUAAAAACUGGAGUUUUGCUGCUAAAUUCUUCAGUUUCUCUUAAAUUGUGACAGUUUUAUGCUGUGGUCUAAAAGAAAAAAUUUUAAAUUGUCAAAAUUUUGUUUAUUCCAGCAUUUUAGCAUGUUAGACAUUAACUUUUGUGAUAUUUUUGAUAAAUUACAGUUUUUUGAUGUAGUUUCUCAUUCUGACAUUUGCUGUAUUCAGUUAAGUUGUAAGUUUCUAUGACUUUCAGAGAUUUUAUAUUAUUCCAUUUUUUUGAUUUACUAACUCAAAUUUUGUUAUACUCCCUUAUAGUUUGCCACUUGGCAAUUUAAAAACUUCAGUAGAUUUACUAAUGAUGGAUUGAUUGAUUGACAUUUGGGUUGUUGGGUUCUGACUUACUAUGUUUUUACUUAUGAUGCCUUAAGUCUCAAAACCAAAAAAUUAAACAAUUCUGAUCAGAAUUAUAAUAUAUAAUAAAUGUUAUCUGGCAUUUAAAUUGUUGGGAUUUAUUCAGUAAAACUGAUUAAAAGAUUCAAUUAAAAAAAUUUUUUUUUUUAAUCUUACACUUCCUAGUUACCGUAUUUUUCGGACUAUACGUCGCUCCGGAGUAUAGGUCGCACCAGCCAAAAAAUGCAUA